UCAGAAGGCGCCGUUCGCCUUUCCUGCCCGAAGCCUAGUAGCAACGAGUCCGACCUGGACCUGGACCCGGACCUGCACCUGGACUAUCCUCACCGUUGGACGUAAAGAAAUUCAAAGUGUGAAUGCUCCCUCGCCCCAGAUGACCUGUCGGCAAAACGUCCAUUUUGCCGAUUUUCUUUCUUUUGUUUUCUCGCUCAUGACGGCAGACUAUGUUGGGGAUGUACGUGCCGGACAGAUUCUCUCUCCAGUCGUCCAAGGUCCAGGAUGGAAUUGGUCUGUUCACGGCGCGGCGGGUCAAAAAGGGAGAAAAGUUUGGCCCCUUCGCAGGCGAGAAGAAGCUGCCGUGCGAACUGGACGAAAGUGCAGACACAAGACUGAUGUGGGAGGUUCGUGGCAGUAAGGGUGACGUCCUGUAUAUCCUGGACGCCAGCAAUCCGCGCUACGCCAACUGGCUGCGUUUCGUCCACCAGGCGCCCUCGCAAGAGCAGAAGAACCUGGCAGCCAUUCAGGACGGCGAGAACAUUUUCUACUUGGCCGUGGAUGACAUCGAAACGGACACAGAGCUCUUGAUCGGCUUCCUGGACAGUGACAUGGAGGAGGAGGAGGAGGAGGAGGAAGAGGAAGAGGUCAGCAAAGACGAGGACGAGAGCAGCAAAGAGGCAAAACACUUGGUUGAGAUGGAACUGGUGAUCAAGAAGGAGGACCACCCGUGUCUGCUGUGUGAGAGCAGCUUCCCCAGCGAGGAGAUCCUGGCCGCCCACCUGCAGAGUCUGCACCAAAGGCCCGGCAUAGAUGAGAAGGAGUUCAAGUGCAGGAACUGCGGCAAGAAGUUCCCCGUCAAGCAAGCGCUGCAGCGCCAUGUGUUGCACUGUUCCGAGUCAGUGAGCCCUUCGGGAGACUCCAAAGCACAUCACCAGUGUUCCCUGUGCCACAGCUCCUUCACUUCAGAAUCCAGUUUCGAGCAGCACAAGGAGGCGUGUAAAGGCGACGCCCGCUUCAUCUGCAAGGAAGAGAGCUGCGGCAAACGCUUCAAGAGCAAGGACGCGCUGAAGAAACAUAAAGGGAACGUUCACACAGGAAGUGCGCGAAGGAAACUGACUUGCACGAUAUGCAACAGAAAGUGCUCGUCGUCUCUAAAUCUGCAAGAGCACAGAAAGAUACACGAAAUAUUCGACUGCCACGCAUGUGACAAGAAGUUCAUCUCCACCAAUCAGCUAAAACGACACAUGAUCACACACUCAGAGAAGCGUCCGUACACGUGCGAGAUCUGCAGCCGUUCGUUCAAGCGCCUCGACCAGGUGACGGCGCACAAAAUCAUCCACAGCGAGGACAAACCAUACAAGUGCAAACUGUGUGGCAAAGAAUUUGCCCAUCGGAACGUUUACAAGAAUCACAAAAAGACCCACUCGGAGGAAAGACCAUUCCAGUGUGACGAGUGCAAGGCCCUCUUCCGCACCCCUUUCUCUUUACAGCGCCACCUACUCAUCCAUAACAGUGAGCGGACAUUCAAGUGCGACCAGUGCAACGCCACCUUCAAGCGCAAGGACACGCUCAACGUGCACAUCCAGGUGGUGCACGACGGCCACAAGAAGUACAAGUGCGACCUGUGCGAGAAGGCCUUCGUCACGCCCUCCGUCCUCAAGAGCCACAAGAAGACGCACACAGGCGAGAAGGAGAAGAUCUGCCCGUACUGCGGACAAAAGUUUGCCAGCAACGGCACGCUGAGGGUCCACAUCCGCAGUCACACAGGUGAGCGUCCCUACCAGUGCCCGUACUGCGACAAAGCCUUCAGCAAGAACGACGGUCUGAAGAUGCACAUCCGCACCCACACUCGAGAGAAGCCGUACAAAUGCAGCGAGUGCAACAAAGCUUUCAGUCAGAAAAGAGGCCUGGAUGAACACAUGAGGACGCACACGGGAGAAAAACCUUUCCAGUGCGACGUGUGUGACCUGUCCUUCAGCCUGAAGAAAAUGCUGAGUCGCCACAAGCUGACUCACAACCCCAACCGGCCCAUGGCCGAGUGCCAGCUUUGCCACAAGAAGUUCACGCGCAACGACUACCUCAAAGUGCAUAUGGAGAACGUCCAUGGAGAGACGGAUGGCUAGACGUACCUAUAUCUGGACGGACGGACAGACAGACGUACGGAAUAACACAUUGUCCCAAAGAGACAGUACUGUGUAAAAGUCUGUGUUGAGCGAAUAGGCACCUUUCUCCAGAUCCUUCUCAAAAUUGCAUCCGAAUGAUGUGUUCAAUGUGGUGUGUUUUUCUCAGAUUCCUGGAAAAAAAAGAGAACCCAUUGGACUUUUUUCACAGUACUGUACGUGUUCAAAAUACAGUGUUAUUUUUAGCUGCUUGUUUUUGUUACACAUGCAAAUAGAUAUUUCUAUUAUUUAUCUUAUUUUCUACCUUCAAUGGUGUUUAUUGCUCCGUGGAAUGACAAUUCUCAAACAAUCGCGGAGCAACUGAGUCAGUGGUAGACGCUGACUUUCCCGCCACCUAGAAGUACCCCGGCGUCAAUUGUUUACAAACUUGGUGGGUUGUUUUCUCUAUAAGGCGUAGCUCAGUGCAAAAUGGUCUUGCACAACUUUUUUAAUUUAAUUUAUAUUUGUCUCAACGUGUACAGAAAGAAGCGUAUUGCAGCCACAGUCAAAGUUAGAUUGUGCUUUGUGCUCAACUUGCGCUAUUAAACAUAAAACCGUCAAAUCUUGAAAUAAUGUGAUGUCACAUUAUAGCGUAAAAACAUAUUUUGAAAUUACAUGAUACAUUCACCUGAGGUGAAAAUCACCUCAUGUAAAACACGUGCUAAUUUCAUAUGAAAAUAUUGUUAUGAAAUAAAGUGAUCACCUAAAUACAUGUACUGAAAUAAUGUACAUAACAAAUGCGUCAUAAUGAUUCUUAUCUCACGUGAAAACAUCAUAAAAUAUCAAAUAUCGUGAUAACUUGAUAACGUGAAAAGAUUGUAUCUUCCAAUAACAUGAUUUUAUAAUAUAACGUGAAAACACGAUAUCUUGACAUACCGUGAGAAAUUCACCGCAUAAUGAGCGAUAUUUAUCAUUACAACAACAAUUCCUUCCGGUAAUUACGUGACACGGAGCCUUUUCUCUGUUUGUGCGGCAGCAGUAAGCUUCGCUAAACAUGGACGCAUUUUCACUCCAAGUCCCCUUUGAUGUUUCUCCUCUUGCAUCUCUGAUGAGUUCAUGUAAUGGCAUGUUAGCGAGACGCUGAUUAAAAGUGUUUGCGUCUUGUUGUUAAUCUGUCUUCUAUUCCGGGCCGGGCUAAUUGAGGCCUUUCAUUGGGGCCGAGCGGCGUCACGCUAAGGUGCCUCUCAUCUGCGCUUCCCAGCGGCCUGUGUCCAGGCGCGCCGUAAAUAGCUAUGUGAGAAGAUGCCGUGUUUGUCAAUAAAUUGUGAGGUUGGA